UGUUAAUGGGAAUCAAAGCCACAUCACACUUCCGCCUCCCUGGAACUUACGUAACGAAAGCGAAGCACGGUUUGCGUGACGAAACGACGCACUGCGCUGUCGUUGAUUGGCUGAAGGCACAAGAGUUGAAGGUUGAAACUACUGUUGAAGCUGUUAAGAGUUUCGGACAUGUGAGAAACAUGAGCGGUACAGUUCAUCAGAUAAGACUAAGUGAUGAUCCUGAUACUCCGUACUUCCUGCGAGUGGACUGGGCCAUAGACCUGGGUGCUGGUUUCACAUUAGCUCUUACUAAUGGCAGCUCAGCAUGGAUUGGAGAAGUUUCAGAGGAUGAUAUGACAAGGGAAGCCAAUGACAUAGGAGUCCCAAGAGAGAGAUAUGUUGAGGAUCUUCUUCAAGCACUAACAAAAAGUGGAGGAGGAAAAAGCGAAGACAAGGAGAUGUAUACUUUUGGCCUCUCUGCUGAUCGCCGUUGUCUCUUGUAUGAGAAGACUUGUAAUGACAUUUCGGUGCACUUGGGCUCUGUGGAGCUCCAGCCAUCUCCAGACCCUCUAGAGCUGACCCGUGACAUGAUUGCACAGUCCCUAAAGCGCAGCACAGAUCUGGAGACAGAAAACUCACGAUUGUUGGAGCAAAACUGUAAAUUGAAGCAGGAUCACCAGCGAAUACUCGGACAGCUCGAGCAGCAGGUUCAGAAAAAGGAAGCGUUAGAGAAGGAACUGUACUCACGUUUUGUCAUGGUGCUGAAUAAGAAGAAGGCCAAGAUCAGAGGUCUGCAGGAGGCUGUCAAUAAGCUUCGAAACUCGGACGACCAUCCGAGCGACGAGGAGGGUGUACAAAGUGACAAUCUCACAACUCAAGGUGAAAGCAGUCCGGACAGAGGAGAGGAGACCAGUCAGAGCAUCCAGCCCUCUCUGGAGCCAACUAUCCUCAUUACAGGCCGUAAUCUGGUCUGGGAAGGGAUCCCCGUUGACCGGACUUUUUCUGAUGAUGAUGAUGAUGAGGAUGAGCAACCAAAACGGAAGCGUAGGUUGCUUCACACCUCGAGCCCAGGAUCCUCUGAACAACUUUAAAUUGCAGGUUCUGUAAAACCACUACAGUGACAGAUGUGGGUCGAUCUACUGAUUUUAUUUUAUUCCCCAUUCCUUCCAUUUCACCCAAUUAAGGAGGAUUAAAUCAUCGUCUUGUCGUCAUCAUCUGUUUUAAAAAGAAAAAAAAAACACUUAUGUAUAAUUCCCAGCAUCCAACUGUCUGUCUGCUGAGGCCUGAACAUUUUUUAGAUGAAAUAUGUAUUCUUAUAUUGCUGGUUAUAUUAAUCCACAGAGGUAUAAAGUAGUCCAGCCUCUGACAGCAGUGGUCUCAGAAGUGGCCCUGGGCCACACAUGCUAGAGAGUAGCUGCUGUCUCCACCUAAUAAAUAGGAUUAAUUAAGAGGCUUAAUUUUAUUUGCACUCAUCAAUUGUGGAAAAUGAUAUAUACACAUCUGUAUUUGCUUCUUUUUCUCCAUCUCUUGUUUCCAGCCUCCUUUUCAAGAAAUAGAUGGUGUCUGGGACUAUUCACGAACAUUUUAAUGAACGGGUUUUCUCUGCUUGCUAUCUUGCUAUGUGGCAAGCUAGUUCAAGCCUCACAGCGAUACACACGACCAAAACAGUGACAGCCGGGCAGCAGUGUCCUGAAAGUGUCUCCAGAUUAUGAUGCCAGAGUUUCUCCUAGAUUGUGAAAGUGAAUUCAGAAAGCCAGAGCACGCCACAGCAUCUGGAUUGCUUUAACUGUGACAAUUACCUACCACAUCUCCUAAGAGACCAGUUGCUUUACAGUAAAGGGGUGAAAAGCAGUUACUGAUACAAUCAUUUCCCAAAUUCUCUCCAUUCUGUGUUGCUGUAAAGAUUUUUCCCAGAUGUGUCAGUGGCCAUGCGAUAACAGCCACUUAACACUGUCUGGGACUAUGUCAGGAACUAAAAGUGCUUCUGCUAAUAAGCUGAAGAACUCGGUAGAGAAUCUGGAGCACGACUAUGGAAGCAAUUUACAAAGAGUCUCACUUUUCCCUGAGCUUGAAUUUGACUCCAGCAGUAGUCAGACCUCAGCUCAGUGUGAGAGUGAAGAAAAAGGGGGUCAAUAUGCUACACCCAUAAAAAAGGGUGUCACCACCAGGGAACUAUAACUGCUUUCUUAAUGCUUAUUCAUCAUGUCCUGCUGAUGUUUUCCUCCCUCUUUCUAUUAUGAAAACAAACUCUAAACCGUGUCUUUCAUUUUAACUUUCAAAACUAGCAUUUUGCAAAAGAUAAUUUGGCCCUCACUCUUUUUUUCCCUCUUUUUAACGCACCCUUUUAUUGUGUAGAUAUUAUGUGGCCCAAACUACCUGGUUAAUGAGGUUAUGUUGUCUUUAAGCUUCUUCACUUGCUCACAUUUUCCUUAACAUCUGCUAUCAGCUUUAGGUUCUUAGGUCAUCGCCGUGUGUUUUCACUGAGACAGUAAUGAAGCUUUGGAUUAUUUGACCCUUUACCUCUGAAUUCUGGACCUUCUUAUUGGUGCUUUUGAUGAUACCUUUAUGUCUGUUGAAAACCACGGGUGGCCACCGGGAUUAUCCCGCUAUAUGUUCUUGGUGGUUUUAGUAAUCCCCACUGGAAUGUCACACUGUCUGUUUACAUCUCAUCAAUAAAGUAUUCUGAAAGCAAAACAAAGAAGAGUAUCAAAGGUUAAUUUACAGAUGAAUGCAUGACAACAUGCUAUGGACAAUGAGCUUACACUGAAAAGGAGACAGUGCUGAAUAUUUAAGGGA